GACAUUUUUGUAGAACGGUUGUGUUUUGUUAUGUUUUCUAUUGCGAUUAUUUGAGUGGAUUUUUCAUAUGUGACCCGUUAAUAUGAUAUCGUCAAUAAUAUCCCGACUGGUUAUAUUGGUAUUCGGAACUCUCUAUCCGGCUUAUGCCUCCUAUAAAGCUGUGCGGACGAAGAACUUGAAGGAAUACGUAAAAUGGAUGAUGUACUGGAUUGUGUUUGCGCUGUUCACGUGCACGGAGACGUUCACGGAUGUAUUCCUUUCGUGGUUCCCGUUCUACUACGAGGUGAAGAUAGUGCUCGUGCUGUGGCUUCUCUCGCCGGCCACCAAGGGCUCGUCCAUACUCUACAGGAAGUUUGUACACCCGGCGCUGUGCAGGAGGGAACAGGAAAUAGAUGAGUAUAUCGCGAAAGCCAAAGACCAGGGUUACCACACCGUGCUCAACUUGGGCACCAAGGGCGUUAACUAUGCCACCACCGUCAUAAUGCAGACUGCCAUAAAAGGCGGCGGCGGGCUGGUGCAGCAGCUGCGCAAGAGCUACAGCCUGUCGGACCUGACGGAGUGCUCGCCGCGCGAGGAGCGCGCCGGCGACGAGGCCGACGACGUGCUCGCCGAGCCGCGCCUCGUCCGCCGCGCCGCGCACGCUGGAUAUUCGACACGUCGCAGCGCUUCCGAGUCGAAUAAUCGACAGCCGAUGUACUUUCCCGAAGUCGACGUGGACGUCAGAAGUCCUCGACCUAACCGAUUGGAUGAACCUGAUUUCAGUCACAUCAAAUCGUCCGAGGACAUAAGCUCGGGGUACUCCAGCGCGGACAACUCGGCGUCGCUGACGCGCACGGCGUCGCUCGGCGCGGGCGCGGCCGCCGCGCGCGCACGCGCCCGCAGCGCGCGCACCACCGUCACCGCCAUCAAGCGCCCGCAAGCCGCCGAGGAAAGUGAAGUUAUCAUCGAGGAGCUACACGACGACGAUAGUUUUGAAUAUGCGAAUAUGCCCCCGCUUAUUAAUCAUCCGUCUCCCUUAUACUUAUCCCAUUCUGAUCCUCCAUUUAUAUACCAAUAUGUUGGUGACCAGAUAAAAAUAGUCCAAAUAUUAGGUAAUUAUCCCUUACAGACAAGUUCUAAUGAUCAAACUAACAAUACAGAUCACUGGGACCAAAAAGAAGUCACUCCUAAAGAAGCACCGUUAGAUAUCGAAUCCCAAAUUACGACUGGUGAUACGAAUGAUAUCUUUGAAGAUACCCAAGAAAUUAUAUUAAAAAACGAAAAUGACGAUGUAGACAAUAAAACUAUGCACGCUAUUAUUGAUAAAAGUGAGUCAAAGGACAAUGCAAUGCAAUCAAACAUACUUGUAUAUAAUCCUAUAUUGACAGUUGACAAUAAAAACGAAGACAUCUCCGAAAAUGUUUCUUGUUCCAUCCAACCAGAGGAUAAUAGAGAAACGAAGUCCACUAGUAUAGUUAAAGAAGAACAGGAAAAUGAAAUUCCUCUUGGGGAAAAUAUAUCGGAACAAGAUACAAAUACGAAUAAUCCAGAUAUAUCUUUUAUUGACGUUGAUUCCGCAGAAAGCGAUGAUGAGGCUUCUUUUAGUACCCCGGAUCAUUCUCCUAAAAGUAAAAAGAAAUUAUUAAAAGGGAAAUAUGGAAAAGCAAAAGCUCCGCCACCUCCUCCCCCGACUAUCAUAGCAGAGAAAGAAAAUGUGGAAGAUGUUACUGGGAAUGUUGCUGUUGAUACAUCUGAGGAAAGUUUAACUGACAUAAUAAAAAAGAUGCCUAAUUUAUGUUUUAAAGAUAGUGGGUUACAUAAAGAUUUACAAGUUGUAAAUCCUAUUGCUGAACAAAAACAAAGGCAUAAAUCUAGAUCACCUGGAAGAAUACCUAAAGGAAACAGUUCUGGUAUCGGCAAAUUAUUACAGUUGCCUAGUAAAUUAGCGUUUUGGAAUAGAGGUGAAGAUUCAUCUAAGUCAGAUAAUGAAUCAACUUCAUCGGAAUGUAACAGUAGAGCUUCUACAGUGGAAAAACAAAUUAUAGAUGAAUUUCAAAGUUGCCAUGAUUUAACUAAUGUUGAAAAUGUCCAAAAUGAUCCAAUCAACAUACCUCAAAUCGAAAUAACGGAUUCACAUUCGAAUGUAAAAGAGGCCUUAGAUUUAGACGGUGAGAAUAUAAACGAAGAUUUAAAAGAAAAAAGUGACGCAUUACAAAAACUCAUUGACGCGACAAUAGAGAAUCACCCAGAAUACAAAUAUAUUCCCUUGCAUGAAGAUAUAUCAACUACAUCAAAAAGUACAGAAGUUUAGAUUCCUAUACUCCUGACUCCAUUCAUUAUAGCUGCAGAAGUUAAGCAGAACAGUAUGUUUAUUUUGUUUUGUGUGUAAUUUACUAAGGAAGCAUGAUGUUGACACUUAAAACAGUUUUGUCAUCAUUCGCAUAUUCAACAUUAGUGAAAACCACUAAGUUCCUACCAAAGCUUAUAAUUUAUCAGUGUAUUGUCGCAACUAAACACAUAGUUAAAAACGCUUGGAUACUUUGUUUUUCUGUUUUAUAUGUGCGCAUUUUAUACGAUACUAAUAUUUUAACAUGUUUUACUAUGUGUUGAAGUUAUUCUUAUAUCUUUCGGUUGUUAUUUAUGUAUUUGUUUGUGUCUUUCAUCUGUUUGUACAAUUUUUUUUCUACCCGAGUGACUGUAGACUAAUUAACAUGUACUGGUGACACUUAAUAAAGUUGCAACAAACACAAGAAUGAUUCGAUGAUAUAAUGAUUUAAAAUCUUAAUUUUUGUACUAAUCAAAUAUUUUAAUCAUUCUUUAACACUAGUAAAACUAUUAAAGCCAAAUUAUAUUUUGUUAUUGAUAGCUUUAAUAAAUCCACAUGACAAAAACAUUAGGUGGCACCAUGCACUCUAUAACCGAUAUGCUUUUGCUUUUUUGAGUUAGUUUUCAAUUUAAUUCUUUUAUUUUCAGGCAAUGCUGUCGGCCUCUGCUACAAUCCCCCGCGCAAAAAAAUCUAGUAAAAGGAGAACUCAAUAGACAAAUGCAUACCCCAAAUAAGUAUAUAAUAUUAAACCUUUCUUCAUCUUAAAAGUCGCAUCUUCAUUGAGUUCUUUAUUAAAACAUAAAAAAAACUGAAAUAUUGCCACAUAUGAUAUACAACAUUUAUGUAUUGCGCUGUACGAACUUAAAUAUACAGCUUAUAGUUUAAAUAUAUUCUUCAUAAAUAGCUAUUAGACUAUAAUUUUUACAUAAAAGUACUUUUUAGGAAUCAAAUUUCUAUCCAGCAUGACGCCUCAAUGAAAAUGCGCCUCUGUCCAGCUUCUAGUAUCAGCGAUUAUAGUGAGCCCCAAAAUCCACAGCAUGAUAAAUGUUAUGUAAUUAUCAGAUGUUUUACUUAGCUUUCCCCAGACAUCAGAUAUACAGCCAUGCUUUAUAUUUCUAGCGAUACAAUACAUUUGAAAGAAAAGCAACUGAAUACUGCAAUUGAUAAAUCUCUACUAUGCUAAUGAGAUCGAUUGUAGACAGUUAAAAAUAGUUUAUUAAAUAUGAGGUCAGACGGCAUACUUAUUUCACACCUCAAUAGUUAUUAAAACAAUAAAAUGUGUUGCAAUUAUUUAUUGUCAGUCUUUAUAGGCAUAAAAUGCACAAUUUUAUUGAUAAUGUAUGGUUUAUGAGGACAUGAUUCUCAAUAAUGAUACUCGUUUUAUCAUGCAUACUUUAUUUCUAUCAUAGGUUUAUAAAAUAAAAUUGAAUUAUUACCAUUAUAUAUUUUAAGCACAAAAUUAAUUUGUUUAUGCACAAUUUUAAAACGCAACAAUAUUUUAAUAACAAUGUAUUUUUUUUAUAUACAUUAAGAUUAUUAAUGUAUGUAAUUUACAUGUCAUUUGCAUUCUCAUUGGUAAAUUAUAUUUUUGCCAAAAUUUGCCAAAUAUGAAACAGUAGACAAGUUGAUGAUUAGCUAAUUUUCUUUAUUAGUCAUAUUUAUUAGAAUUAGUUUGUAGAGAAAAAACACUAGUCUAUAAUGAAUUACAUUAAUGUGGCUUCGACGAGGCUUUCAUAUCGAUAUUUAAAGAAUUGGUGUGAAUCUAUUAGAGUGCAUGUAUGUUACGAAGAUUCAAGAAUUUAUUUCGAUUGUUAGGUAUAAAUAACUGUAACAAUGUUGGCUUAAUUAUUAUGUGGUUGUGUUAACACCUAGCCACAUUUUUGAGCGUUAAGUGCUUGCUAUUUACAGACUUGCACUGUUUAGUACUGUGGCAUCUUAAGAAUAGAUCUUGAAUGAAUAUUGGAAUACAAUUUAAAAGUAAGAAAUAAGUACUACAUUAAGUUAUAAAUUUGAAUUUCCAUUUUUCCAGACAUAAAAUAUGUGUGUAUAAUUUAAAUUUAUUAUUUAAUUAUCUGAUCUCCCCACAACCACAUUGAGUUCCUUUAAAUAAAGAGUAAAUUGUAUGAAUAUAAUUGUGAUUUGCUAAUAUUGCAGUAUUAUGCAUAAUAAUUUAGAAGAAUAAAUUGUAAUUUGGACAAGAGAGUAUUAAUGAUUUGGACAUGUUUUGUGUUGUAUAGCUUUUAAUGUGUUUAUGUGGAUUCUCUUAAUGACAAUGUAUUGAAGUUACCCUGUAUUUUUAUUAUCUGUUGUUUGGUUGUGUUUGUCUUUACCAGAUGGUUGAGUGGUCAGUUUUGCAUAAUUUUGUGUUUUAGUUUAUGAUAUAAAUGACUAUCUUAAAUAACUAA